UUAAGAAAGAAGCCAUGUGUCGGUAUUAGAGCACCGAGCGCCCCGUGCCGCUGCUACUCGCGGGGAUUCCCUUGUUUUCUGACGACUAAAUGACUAAAUAUCUAGAGAGAGAAGCGAAAGUAAAAACCUGAGCGUAGAGUCACAACUUAUUAAAGAGGAAACCUUGGAAAACCACCUCGGUGCUGCCGUCUGCUCGGGGCGCUGGAGCGGCAGCGGCGGACUUGAGCUGCCGCGAGCCGCUGUCGCUUCGCCGCCUCUCGGUGUGUGCCCGCCGCCGCUCAGGUGUGUUCAGAAGAGCAAGGCAAUUGUGGCAUGACGACGACUAACAAAGGAAAUAAAGCCUUGAAGGUGAAGCGUGAGCCGGGGGAGAAUGGCACCAGCCUCACAGACGAUGAGCUGGUGACCAUGUCGGUGCGGGAGCUGAACCAGCACCUCCGGGGUCUCACCAAAGAGGAGAUCCUGCAGCUGAAACAGCGGCGGCGCACCCUGAAGAACCGGGGCUACGCCGCCAGCUGCCGGGUGAAGAGGGUCACCCAGAAGGAGGAGCUGGAGAAGCAGAAGGCCCAGCUGCAGCAGGAGGUGGACAAACUGGCCAAUGAGAAUGCUUCCAUGCGCGUUGAACUGGACGCUCUGAGGUCCAAGUACGAGGCCUUGCAGACCUUUGCGAGGACUGUGGCGCGGAGCCCCACUGUAGGGGUCGGGGUCAGGGCCGGAGGGGGCGGAGGAGGGGUGCCGUCAUCAGUCAUCGGCCCGCUGAUACCGGGGAAGGUGGCAACAGCGACGAGUGUAAUUACAAUAGUGAAGUCAAAAACAGAUGCACGGUCUUGAGGGAGGGAAAGAUAGAUGAGGGUGUAUCGGGAAGGAGUUCAGCUGCAUCAAAGUAAUUCUUCUUCUCCGUCGUCCCCCUCUCCUCCCCCUGCAUUGACUCCAAAACAGCUGGGCAAUCUCAAUCACUUCGCCUCAGCACGUUCCCGUCACCUGUCUCAGAUCAGUGCAGAUGAAGGAAAGGAUGGAUGCAGAGGACGGUUAUUGAGACGACACAGAUGCAAGGCCCUUGGUCAGCGAAUGCUCAUUUAGCACAGCACAGAUAGACAGGGUUCCUAUGGUCACUGAAAACCUGGUACAGUCAGGGAAUCUGAGAAGUUAAUGUGAAAAAAGAACUAAAAGCCCCAAUUUCUUUGGAAGAAUCAUGCAAUUUUUGUUCAUCCUCCAUUUAAACCACUCAAAUGUUCAGUGUCAGGUUUUACUGGUGGUGGAUCUAAAUAUCUGUAAAUGCUGAAUCAAGUGUUUAUUAAAUGAUUUAAUUUUGAUGAUGAUUUAAAUCAGCUACACAAACAUAUUCUAAAACCUACAUUUCACAAGUUCCUUGAGCUCCAAAAGAAUACACAAGAUUUCAUGUGACCUGCUGAUUUCAGUGGCUGCAGAGACGUUCCAUCUUGCUCUACCUAGCCAAGAACUUUUUCAGAAUAAGUACUAUAGAAAAAUAUAUAUUACAUAAUGGUGGUAACUGUAUUUCUACUGUUUUUGUACUGUGUUGUCAUUCACAUGAGGUCCAAAGUGUAUUCUCUGUGUGUGAAUUGUUAUAUAUCAGGAAUUCUGUGAAAUUCUGUGACGCGUGUUCGUUUUGGUAUCGCUAUAUUUAGUUAGCUGUAUUUUUUCUACUGUCUCUUCACUUUCUAUAUGUCCGACUCUCUUUCUCUCGCUCUCUCUUUUAUCUGUGUUAUUUGUCUGUCCUUCCAUUCUUUUUCAAUUACGACUGGUUUCCGUAUUUACAUACAGUACUUUACUGGAUUUAACUGAAAGAGGAGAGAAAAGACAAUAGAUAUUUACCAAAAAAAAAAAAAAUGAAAAAGCAACAUACUGUAGAAAGAAGGAGAUGACGGUAUUAAAAGUCUCAGUUUGUAAGAGUUUGCAGGAAAAUGGCUGUUUAAGCUGAAUUUAGAUGAAGAGGAUUUCCUCUCAGAAUAGUGGGACAUUUGGACGGGCAAGUGCCUUGGUCUCCUAAUGAUAUGCAUCAAGAAGAAGUCAAGAGGACAUGAGAAACUGUGGAAGGACAGUGGGGACUGAGGGGAGGUGGUUGCUUAUACCUGCGCUUGUUGGGAUACAUUGACCAAUCAGGACUCAUUUAACAUUUGCCAUUCGCCAUGUGUUGUUAUAUGAGCUGUGUAAUAGCCAUCAGGAUUAAUAAUAAUAAUGAUAACAGCCAUUUUUGUGAUUUGGAAGUUCAAUUACUUACGUAGAAGUCUUUAUUUGUCUAGAUUUAUGGCACACUUUUUGGGAAGGUUAAUAUUCUGUAAUAAGGGAGAACCCAUGUCUGUUUGAUAUAAAUUGGUUCUUAUGAUUACGAUAUGAAUAUGAAAUCAUUACUACACCUACAGCAACGUGUUUACAGUCUCCGUUGCAUCUCUCUCGCUUUCAACCACAAAGCUCAUUUUGCAAGAGCAACCUGUGAUUACUGACGGUGCAGCACAAACAAACAAAAAAGGUAUUUCUCUGAACUUCCAGUCACACAAAUGAGCUGUCAUCCCACACAAGCUUUGCCAUAAAAGUAGUCCUAUGUGGUGUUCUAUACUCAAAAAAGCAUUGUCUAUGUACGGUAGAAUCUGGAGUUUUAUAAAGACAAUUAUCUUUGCAUUGUUUGUAACGACCUGUUUAAAAAAAAAGGUAUAGCGAAAUCUGUUUGAUAUACAGUAUCUCUCUAUUUUGCAAUUGUACCAAAAGUGGCUUAACUACUGAAUAGCUUUGUUUCUUCUCUAGUGACUAGGCACGUGUGUGUAACCGUGAACUAGCGUGUGGUGUGCUGUGUAGGUAUGUGACGAGGUAACUAUGAUGUUCGCUAUUUCUUGGAUAAGACUUUCACUCUUUGUUUGAUUUCCGGGCCGAAGCGGGUGAUGACACCGUUGGUAACUGCACUCUUUACUCUAAUCAUGAAAUCUUGGUCCUCCUGGCCUCGUUAUUCAGCUCCAGCGACAUAGUUGUGUGACAUCGUUUGUUAAUCUGCUCGUGGUCUGAAGCUGUUAUUUGUUCAUUCUAGGAACCCCCCCCCCCCCUGUUUCUGGACAAGUUUGGUUAUUUCAGUGUUAUUGCUGAUAACAUGACCAACGAGAUGGUUUACCUCACAAGUUUCAGAACAUGUGCAUUCAGGAUGACUGAUAACAGUCAUGUUCAGCAAUGAGUCUGUGCAUCACCCCUUCUCUUUCACUAAGUUGUUUUUUGUAGUGUGUGAUCAAGGUAUUUGUUUUUGCUGUGUACAUUUAUAUAGGUAUCGAUAUUUAUUGUUGUUCUUGUUUUGUUUGCUUUUGAACUGUUGUGACUUGUCAGGGAAGUGAAAUAAGAUUUGUUAUUAUAUUUAGUGUUUUAUGAAGCGAAGAAAAUCUAUUCUGCCAUUUAACCUGUGAAAGAGUGAGGUUUACCAUCAUGAAGUAUGAUUGCCUCAAAACCAUUUUUUUUCAACUAAGGAACCCAGAUUUGAAUUGAGUCAUUUACUGAACUAGAAGCAAUUUACAGUGAUAAAAAAAAAAACAUAACAUCCAUGCAGCCUUUUUACCUGAACCGUUACUUUUCCACUGUGAAGAAAAAGGAUUAUGGAGCCUACUGCUGUGCAGUUAUUAAGAUUAGUAAAUUGUGUCCUCAUCUGUACAGUACAUUAACAGGAAAUGGGAUUCAAACAGGUGAACACUGAGCACUGAAUGAAGGGAACGGGUUUGAGAUUUUAAUAAAGUUAUUUCUCCAUAAUCUUUCCACUGAUAACCAUUUGCAUGUUCAGUCAAGCGUAAAACCAGAGAGCUACAAAUGUCAAAUGAAAAUGUCCAACACAUUUAUUUCAAAUGUCUUAUCACAGGACUAUACAGUAGGUGUAGCACCUAUUGUUUUCAUGAAUUUCUUUAUAUUUGAAAAGGUUUACCCUGUUUUUAUGGGCACAAAGCUAUUAUUUCAUUUUAUACUGGAUUUUUUUUUCAUAUAUCCUUUAUUUCUGUCCCUUGUUGAAGGAUGAUAUCCUUUUUUUUUUUUUUU